AUGGUGCAGAUACUGUUCUCGAUAACAUUCGCGUUGUCGUGUACGAUGUUCGAACUGAUCAUCUUCGAGAUCCUCGGUGUUUUAGAACCAACGUCGAGAUUUUUACAUUGGAAAUUGGGUUUAUAUUCGAUUUUGUUCGUACUUAUUGUUGCACUGCCCAUAUACGUCUCUUAUUCAGUGUUUACAUCACUUCCGUUUGUUCGUCGUAAGUGGCUGUUACCACUGACAAUGACUUCGUGGAUGAUAUUCAUUUAUUUUUUCUGGAAAACUGGAGAUCCGUUCCCGAUACUUAGCGCAAAGCAUGGGAUAUUCUCGAUCGAGCAAGCGAUAUCUCGUGUCGGUGUGAUCGGUGUGACCGUGAUGGCAAUCCUGUCGGGUUUUGGUGCGGUGAAUGCCCCGUACUGUUACAUGACUAUAUUUAUGCGACCGGUUGGCGCGGUACAUAUUGCACAAAUGGAACGUAAAUUGAUGCAUACGAUGGAGAUGAUCAUCGCCAAAAAGAAACGACUUUGCAUGAUCGAACGCGAACUCGCGAGAAGCGCUUUUACUAGAGGUGGUGACGAGGGCGGUUUAUUCCAACGUCUUUGGGGCUCUGUUUCUUUUUCGUCCAAUUCUCUGAAGGAUCAGAUUAGUUGUUUGUAUGUCGAAAUUGUUCCUUUGGAGGAGUUGAGCCGAUACUUAUUUCUUGAAAUCGUUGAAUUGAGAAAUAUGAGAGAUCGGCUGGAAUACAGUAAGACGUGGCAAGGACAAUAUUUCAAUGUAAUGGGUCAUUUUUUCUCGGUUUAUUGCAUAUGGAAAAUCUUUAUUUGUACGAUCAAUAUUGUUUUUGACCGCGUUGGCAGAGUUGAUCCGGUCACGCGAGGAAUUGAAAUUGCUGUGAAGUAUAUGGGAUUCCAACUUGACGUGAGGUUCUGGUCGCAACACAUAUCAUUUCUUUUAGUAGGAGUGAUAGUGGUGACAUCAAUCCGUGGCCUAUUAAUAACGUUAACAAAAUUUUUCUAUAUGAUCUCAAGUAGUAAAUCGUCGAAUCUUAUCGUUUUGCUUCUUGCGCAAAUUAUGGGUAUGUAUUUCGUUUCAAGUGUUUUACUGAUGCGAAUGAAUAUGCCACACGAGUACAGGUCAAUAAUCACCGAAGUGUUGGGCGAUUUACAAUUCAAUUUCUAUCAUCGAUGGUUCGACGUUAUGUUUCUAAUAUCGGCACUGAUUAGUAUCGCAUUCCUGUGGUUAGCACACAAACAAACUCCAAUCACUAACGAACCGUAA